AUGGGCGACGUCAUGGUUGUCAACGUGGUGACAACGCUGUUUCUUCUAUCCCUCAUUUCAAAUGCCCAGUUCAAAAAUAUAAUCGGUUCUCAUCCUAUCGUAGUUCCCGAUGAUCAUCCAAGUGCGACCACAACUAGUGACGGAAGCUUUAAGUACAACCUCUCCGUCACGUUACCGGAUGUUAUAUCGGUGACACAGUACUAUGUGAGAAUUCAACCUUACUAUCCCGCUCCAGAGAUCAAAUAUCGUCCUGAUAAAAAUAUGACAUUUGAUGGUAGGAUAGCAAUGUCAAUAGUUGUCAAAAAACCAACAUCUGUAUUCACGUUGAACGUUCAUAAUCUCAAUAUUAUAUCCUUAAAGUUGACGGAUAUUCUCCAACGACCAGUAGCAGUGGCUGGAGCAAGAAUGGACGAAAAAACCCAUCAAUUCUUCAUUAAUUUUGCUGAUCAAAAACAAGCUGGUACCGUAUUAAUUCUUGCCAUGGAAUAUACUGGUCGUAUAAACAAUUACUUCGAUGGUGGCCUAUAUUAUUCCUACUAUAUGGAUCUCAACGGAGGACUGCAUUGGAUGGUUUCUACACAGUUAGCCGCAUUUGCUGCACGUUCAGUUUUUCCAUGUUUGGAUGAACCGUCAUAUAAAGCGAUAUUUAGUAUAGAAUUAGUAUAUCCAUCAUCACAUGUGCCAUUAGCAAAUAUGAUGGAAGAAAAGACAAUCGAAUUGAAAAAUGGAUGGUCAAGAGUGAUAUUUAAACCUACUCCACUCAUGUCAACUUAUCUUGUUGCGUUCACUAUAGGUCCAUAUGUAUCAUCUAAAAUAACUAACCAAGAUGGUACAUUGGUCCGCGCAUGGGGAUGGAAAGGACAGGAAGAAUUCCUGAAUUUCGCGGCAGAAACUGCUGGAGAAUGUUUGUAUCAAAUGGGUCUCUAUACGGAAAUCAAAUUCCCGCUGGAAAAAUGCGAUCAUCUCGGUCAACCACAAUUUGCUGCUGGUGCAAUGGAAAAUUUCGGUCUAGUCAUGUAUAAAUAUCAGUUUGUUGCCUAUAAUCCUAAUACAAUGACUACGAUAGACAAAGUGGAAGCGGCAAGAGUUAUUUGUCAUGAAGUUUCUCAUCAGUGGUUCGGCGACUUAGUCUCACCCAAGUACUGGGACGAUCUUUUCCUAAAUGAGGGAUUUGCAACGUAUUUUAUGAGAAUUGCAAUGGCAAAAGCUUUUCCAGCAGAAGCAUCCUUUGUGGAUGCUGAAGUCUUAAGGGUGGAUCGUGAAAAAGCGUUGAAGCUAGACGGUAGUGCUUCAACACAUCCGUUGAUCACCUUAGAAGGGCCAUUUUUCGAUGGCAUAACGUACCAAAAAGGAGCGAUGUUACUUCGAUUAAUUUCGGAUGUGAUGGGUGCUGAUGCCGCUAGAAAAAAUAACAUCACCGGUUGGGAUGACUCCCUCGAUCUUCGCGUCCUCAUGAAUCCUUAUUUUCAUCAGACCAGCUAUCCUAUUAUAAAUGUUAAUAUGGAUAAAAAUACUUUUGUAAUGACUCAAGAACCGUUCAACGAAAUAUCCACUAAACUCCCGGCAAAAUGGAACUAUACUUGGAUUAUACCUCUUCGAGUUGCUCAGAACAGCAAGGUAGACGAUCGAAUAUACUGGAUGGUGCCUGAAGAAAUGAAAGAUCCAUUGGAAAAGAAGUUAAAAUCAGAAAAUACUUGGACUAUCGUUUCCUACACGUCUGCAACGUAUGGAAGAAUUUUCUACGACGAUGAUAGCCUCAAUUCAUUGCUGAAAAAGAUGAACGAGACGGAUAUUCCGGUGGGAGUGAAAAUAACACUUCUUGAAGAUGAAAUCGCAUUGAUUGAGCGUCAAAAAAGCGCGAAUCAAUCAUACACAUUCAAUCGUCUUCUGAACACUCUGGUCUCAGUCUUUAAUACCACAUCAAAUGAUGACCUUACGUUUGCGCUUACGGACAUUGCGUUACCACAGUUGGAGUUUUUUGCCAGCCUUCUUCGCGAUUCCAUCGAUGCUCCACUGAUCAACAAACUUUUCGAGAAAAUCUUUGAACACAUCUACAAACAUGGACUGUGGGAGGAAUCAACUUCUUGGGACACAAGCGCAUUAAAGAACAUUUUCCUACCAUACGCAGUCAAAUACAAUAUCGGAGAUGCAUCAGAAAAAGCUCUGAACAUAUUUCACGAUAUCGUUAGGAAUUGUGAAGGCAGUGUGAACGGAUCUUCUUGGUGUACUGGAUUCUCGACCGAUAUUCAUCGUGCUGUUUAUUGUGCUGCAGCAAAAUAUGAUAAUGAUGAAGGAGGAAAUUUCGGGAAGCUCAAACAAUUUUAUUCUGGAGAAGUGAAAGUAAAUCCGUAUUUCUAUCAGGAAUAUCGUGCGCUAUUGGAAGGAAUGACAUGUACAGAAAGAAAGGAUCGACUGGACGAUAUUAUUGAACAUUUCCUGGAAUCUCCUCUCCAACCAGCAAUAAUAUUUGGUUGGCUUAAAACGAAUCCGAAAGCGUCAGAUGCGCUCUACAAUUUUUUAAAUAAAAAUUCCAACGAAGUGCUACGUUACAAAAAUCUAUCUGCCUACCUGGGUGCCAUGAUUUACAAUUGGAGAUCGAAGAAUCGACUGGAUCAGUUCUCUCGUUUGUAUGAACGUCUAUCGCCGGCCCUGAACGAGGCUCAAAAAGCUGUUUUUAAAAAACACGAAAAAAUUCUCCGAGCCAAUAUCGAAUGGUCCAGAAAGAAUCUCCCGCUCGUAAUGAGGUGGAUGUACAACAAUUUGGUUGUCAUUGGAAAGGAUCGCUGGGAUGGAAGGCUUCCUGGAACAGUCAAUCCAAAAAGAUACAAUGUCCAUAUUAUUCCAUACAUACCGGGUUCGGGAAAAUACGACUUUCACAGAAAUCUUACUUUUGACAGCACAGUUGAGAUGAUUUUUACCGUAACCCAGAACACAUCGGAAUUGAUUUUGAAUGCUCAUCGUCUGCUAAUCUAUCCAGACACAUUACAGAUUUUUGCGAAUGUUUUCGGAAAAAAACAAAUCUCUACAUCGAAUAUUGUAAAGGAUUACGAAAAUGGAAUGAUUAAAAUAUCGCUUAUGGAGACACUAAUUCCUGGAAUAGAAUAUUCUUUGUCGGUCUCGUACACAGGUUUCAUUUUUGGCGCACCACACGAGGGUGUCCUUAGCAAUUAUAAUUUCUACGAAUUCAAUGAUAAAAAAGGAUGGAUAUUCACUACGGAUUUCGAAACAGGACCUGGUGUACGGUCGUUGAUGGUUUGCUGUGAUGAACCUUCGUACAAAGCUGUAUUUAAUAUUUCUGUGAAACAUGCUGCAGACAUGGUGGCUUUAUCCAACACGAUGAAUACAGGCACUGUAGUGUUAAAAGAUGGAUGGGCAGUUACGACAUUCCAGAAAACUCCUGAGAUGUCAUCUUACCUGGUAGCUAUUUGUGUUGGACAUUUCGGAUCACUUUCCACCGUAUCUAAGAGUGGAGUUCUAGUAAGAGUAUUUUCAUGGACAGGAAUGGAACGAUACGCGGAUUUCUCAGUGAAGUUUAUGGCUGGUGCAGUUGACUUCAUGAGCGAAUACUUUGACCACAAAUUCCCAUUGAGUAAGCUUGAUAUGGUAGCCCUUCCACAACAUUCCGAGCCAUCCGCAAUGGAAAAUUGGGGCCUCAUCCUUGGGAAUUACCAUUUACUUAUGGUUGAUGUGGAUUAUGCUGACGUUAAUACUCUUUUCACUGUUGCUAACACUGUUGCUCAUGAAGUUGUGCAUCAGUGGUUCGGUGAUUUGGUCACGAUGAAAUGGUGGACAGAAUCCUUCCUAAGUGAAGGAUUCGCCCAGUAUUUUUCUGCAAAUGCAGUGAAUUAUACAGUUCCUGAACAACAGGAUUACGUGAUAAAUUUUACUCGAUUUAAAACAAUGAUAGAUGCGAUGCUGGACGAUUGUGAUGAAGAAUCAUCAGUGUCAGUUAUUUCGGAGGAAGGUGAAAUAUUAAGUCCAACAGUUUAUUUGAAGGGAAGCACUUUAUUGAAUACUCUAUGGAAUGUUCUUUCGCCAAAAACACUUCAAAAAGGUCUUCGCAAGUAUAUCUCUCGGAACGCAUACGGUAACGCAGAUGUUAGUCAAUUAUGGGCGGCGCUGACAGAGGCAUGCGAAGAAGAUGGUGUGAAGGGAUGGGACGGCAAGCCUCUUGACGUAGCAACGUUUAUGAAAUCGUGGAUAACAGAGAAAUCGUUUCCAAUCCUAAAAGUUACUGCUGAAGAGAAUGGAAGGAUUUCUUACAUCCAAGAAUCUUGCCUUAAAGAGAAUACAACUUGGUAUAUUCCUGUUUUUAGUACAAACAAAACAAAUGAAGAUUUUAAUUGGUUUUACGGAAAAAAUGGUACAUCUCCGGCAUGGUCACCGUCUCAACCUCUAACAAGGAUUGACAACGUUCGAGGCGUCAACUUAUUACGCCUCUAUUAUGAUAAAAUGACAUUCCCAUCGAUGGCACGAAAUAUCCAAGUUGUUAAGGAUGAGGCGACCCAGGGAGCGAUUCUUAAAGAUGCAUGGUUCUUCGUUUCGAAAGGUGAUUACACAUGGAAAAAUUUUCUGGAUAUUGUGAAUGUUAUCGAAUGGAGGGAAAGUCCCAUUAUUUGGUAUAUUGGAUUGGAAUUUAUUCAGGACAUGUAUCGAUCAUUCCGUUUUCAUAAGGAUUUGCCAAUGGUUGUUGAUUAUUUAGUUUCAAUUUCGGAGCGGACAUAUCUUGCUGUAGGUCGCUCAGCGAAACCAAGCCCUAAUUGGGGUGAACGAAGUGUCGGCGGAGUGAUUAAUGAAUGGAUGUGUCGGUUUAAUAACAGUGAUUGUCUUAGUACUGCUAACAAACAAUUUAUUAAAUUUAUUCGUGAAUGUGGAAAAUCAUAUUCUGGAACUGGAAAAUGUGUUGGAGUUAUUCCUGAUUUUCGACGAACAAUGUACUGUUAUGGUCUUAAACAGAAUUCAAAACGUCAUACUACUGUAUAUUCUCUCUAUAAAUAUUUCGAGAAGAAUUUAAUCUACUUUGAUCGAGACGGUGAAAGAUUACUUUAUGCUCUUUCAUGUCUUAACGACACUCAAUUACUGGAAAGAUAUCUCCGUCGUUCACUUUCUGGCGAUUUACCUAGUACUCUGAUACAGUAUAUUGGAGAAAAUGACGUUACUGGGGAAUUUCUUUAUGAUUUCCUACGGAACAAUACCAAACAGGUGCUAAAUAGUAACAUUAAUUUCGAGGAUUACGUGGAAUCGAUGACUACCGAUUGGGCAACUGGAAACCAAUUAUUAAAGCUGACUUCUUUCACUGCUUCUAAAGCAUAUAAACGUUUGAAUAAAAAACAUCAGGCGAUCUGGCACACUGCUAUUCAAACCGUCAUCGAAAAACAGUCAUCGCACACGUUGAAAACGGAUGGAAUUGUGGAAUGGUUGAAAAAUCACUUUGAACCAUCAUCCACUAUUCACCCAAUGGCUUAG